UUAUUGUCAGUUGUAAAGAUGCGGCUCCUUUAAAUUACCUGGCUUCUCUUUCUUGUUUCUUAUUUGUUAGAUAACUUCACAUUCUGACCAAUCGUGUAGAACAUUGAGGCACAAACAGGAAAUGAGAAUUUAUUUGUUAAAUGUACUUGCGAUCAAGCUGUAGUUUAAAUUUAAAUUCACUGCCGUAUUUUACUUUGUAAUGCAGGCCUAUCUUUUUUUUUUUUUAUCGUACCAUUGUACCGUAACAGUUUUUAGUGCAUUGCCUUUGAGUGAUUUUUCAUAAAGUUGAUCUACGCCGCUGGACUAUGGAGCUGACGGAUGUGGAAAAGUGUUGCUGUGUGGUGAAGGUUUCUGGGACACCAGGAAGGAAACCCGCCAGCUGCAGUGGAGUAAUCGUCGACCCUCGGUCUGGUACUGUCGUAUGCACCGGCCUCCCGUUUUCCCGGUUUGUCACCGACAGAGAGCUCCUCUCCUCGGACACAGAGAUCCUGUUUCCCCGCAGCUUCAGCGACACACUGAAAAUCCGCGUCUGCUUUUCAGAUUCUAAAAGGAGCAAACCAACCCGGCAUCGGGAGGUUUCAGGUGAGCUCCUGAUGCUGGUGAACUGUGUGGAGUUCAAACAGGCCUUUUUGGGAGUUUUCCAAGAAGCAGACCAGUGGCGUUUCCAUGGCGAUGAUGAAGAUACUGAACUGAUCAGAGAUGCCCAGUCCCUCAGCUGGUUUGCAGUUCUGAGGGUGUGUUUGGUGGUGGAGAACAGCAAAGAUCCAGGACCUAUCCCCUGGCAGAGCAGCUCAUUUAUACCGAAGGGCUGCCCAGUUGUUGCAUGUGGCUCUCCUUUUGGCUCUCUCUGCUUAGACCUCUUCCUUAGCACCCUCAGCAGAGGAAUCAUCAGUAACCUUGCUGGAGAAGACAAUGCUGUCAUCCUCACAGAUGCUCGCUGCCUACCAGGCACAGAGGGUGGAGGGUUGUUUGUGGUGGAAGCCCCAGACAAUGUCCAUCUCAUCGGUCUGAUUGUUUCUCCAUUUGGCUGGAAGUCAAAUGAGUGGAUAGGCAUCACUUUGGUCUGCUCUGUUCACUUGAUCUUCAGGAACAUCAUCCGUUACACAGGAUUCCAAGAUCGGCUUUGUGGGGUUUGUCUCCAACCAGGAGAGGCGGACAUCCACGUGUCUAACACAGCUCAGGUGUCUGAAGCUGUUAGAUACCCCACUGUGUGCUUUGUGGACAGUGGACAGGUCUGGGGCUCAGGGGUUGUGGUCACCACAAAGCUGGUUGCAACUUGCCGGCACGUAGUUAGCGGGAAAUCUUCGGUCGCCCUGAAGUUUCAUCAAGGGGGCAGAGUCCGUGACGCUGUGGGUGAUGUUUUGUUCUCCACUAAAGCAUCUUCACCCUAUGACCUGGCUUUAAUUGAGCUUAGAGUCUCUGUCCCAGAAGCUGUGAUCCCUCGAAUGUCACAAAAUUUUGACCUAGGUGAAGCCGUGGUUGUAGUGGGGUAUGGUGGGUUGGGCCGAGUCUGUGGUCCAUCCCUGUCAUCCGGUGUCCUCUCCAAAGUCAUCUGCUUGAAUCGGCAGCCUGUCAUGCUCCAGACCACAUGUGCAGUACAAGCAGGAGCCAGUGGGGGUGCUGUGGUGCAGAAACAUUCAGGAAAGCUGCUUGGAAUCGUAUCGAGCAACGCACGAGACCUGGCUGCAAGGGUAACAUAUCCCCACCUCAACUUCAUCAUCCCAGUGCUUGUUUUCCAAAGACUGCUGCAGGAGUUUCACCAGACAAGAAAUGUCAAUGUGUUCAGCGUGCUGAACACAACAGAAAAGGAUGUCAGACGGGUGUGGAGGCUGCAAGGCGCGCAAAGCAAACUCUGACCUGCAAUUCAUCCCCGUUGAGACGUGAAGAAUUCUACUUAAAUUAUUUUGGACAGACACUGAAUUAAAUAUGCGGGCAUUAUUCCUACUAAACUGUCUCAGAAUCAUUAAACAUGACAUUAAAAAAAGAUGUUAUUAUAUAGUAAUACCCAUGUAUUUUGUUUCAAUUUAAUUUGACUAAAAUAAAGAUUCCCAUGUUGUUUUUAA